GAACACAGUUAACUUUUUUCCGUUUUAAAACACGUGUUUUACUGUAGGUUUUAUGUGAAAGUGAGUGUAUCAUGUCUUCUCUAAUCUUCAUAAAUAUGACUAGUUCUACAAUCUACUUGCUACUAGCGUUGCUUCAUAUAGUCUCCGUAAUGUGUCAAGUACUUUCCGAUGAGCCAAAGUUUCUCGAGCCUAUACCUAACGUGACAGUACCAGUGGGAAGAGAUGCGUCACUUCCUUGUGUUGUGGAAAACCUCGGAACGUACAAGGUUGCCUGGAUCCACAUCGAUCGUCAGAUGAUCCUCACCAUCCACAGACACGUCAUAUCCAGGGUACCCAGGUUCAGUGUAUCUCAUGACAGUCAGAAGACUUGGCUGUUACAUGUGACGGGGGUUCAGCAAGAAGACAGAGGCUUCUACAUGUGUCAAGUCAACACAAACCCGAUGAUCAGCCAAGUAGGCUACCUUCAGGUGGUAGUGCCUCCCAACAUCAUAGAUGAGGACAGUUCAACGUCAGCUGUAGCUGUGAGGGAGAACCAGAAUAUCAGUUUGGUCUGCAAAGCAGAAGGUUUCCCCACCCCGAAGAUAAUGUGGAAAAGAGAAGAUGGAAAUCCCAUCACACUUGAUAGAAAGAAGAAAGGAGUUGUAACAGUGACUGUGUACGACGGAGAGCAACUCAACCUAACUAGAAUCACAAGGAACGAGAUGGGAGCCUAUCUGUGUAUAGCAACUAACGGCGUGCCACCAUCCGUCAGCAAGAGAAUCAUAGUGGAUGUCGAAUUCUCGCCGAUGGUGUGGGUACCAAAUCAGCUGGUAGGAGCUCCAGCUGAUACAAACGUCACUAUUGACUGCUACACAGAAGCCUACCCUCGAGCCAUCAGCUACUGGGUCUACCAAAACGUCAUGCUUCUCCCAACGUCCAAGUAUACUACUGAGACUUCAGAGAAUAGCUACAGGUCCACGAUGAAACUGACCGUGCACAACCUUCAGCCGAGAGACUACGGCAACUAUAGAUGCAUCUCAAAAAACUCCCUGGGGGAAACAGAGGGUUCCAUACGACUAUACGAGAUCCCGAGGCCCUCAUCUCCACCAAAAGCCACAAAAGUCGUCAGCGGAGCGACGAAAGAAGAUAUGCACAGAACUGUUGGAUGGACGGACUCACCCCUGGUAUUCAUAGCUUUGCUCACGCUGUUCUUCGGAUCCUUCUAUUGAAUAUGAUCAAGCAGUUUAUUACUUCGAAGUAAUUUGUUUCGUGAACUUUUAUAACUUGUAUAUAAUGUAGUUUUAAAAUACAACUAUCAAUGUUCCUAAAUUUUAUAAAAUUAUGUUUGAAAACUUAACGCAUACGCGAGGACCAAAAUUGCACGUUUUAUGACUUAAAUUUUUCUAUAGCUCAAAACUAUCCUUUCUUGUGGCUAAUAAUUGUUUAUGUUAACACAGGCCAAAAAAAAAUAAUUUAUUAUGCGUUUUGAAAAAAAAACCUAUUUUAUUCAACCCAUUGUACCAAUGUACAAUUACAUAAUUUACAACGUGGGUACUUUAUAACAGAUUUACCUUAAACGCACUAUGGUUGUUGUUUGUACCUUACUCUCUUUUAGCUGCAUUGUAUGCCGUUAUUUAAAAAAAGUUUUUUUGUGGAAAAUCAAUUUCAUCUUGCAUAAACCACUUUUUAAAAUCUUUUUAACAGAAAUAAAUUGUGUCAUUCAUGUAAAAUAUAAAAGUGUAAAUUUUAUUGUAUGGUUAAGACAAACUCUCCUAUUUGUGCCUUUGAGUUGACUAUGUAGCAUAGAUAGACCGAAGAAUCGUGUACAUAACGCUGUUAGAUUAAGUGUGCUUAGAAACAAUGAUUGUGGAUACAUUGGUGAUAGAUAUCUUAAAUGUCUGAUUUUUUGUUACAGGCUAGGCUAUAUAAUUCUUUUACAUGGUUUUUGUUUCUGUAAGUGUGAUCAAAUAUAUCAAUUUCAAAAAAAAAAAUUGCAUAAACGUCAUUUCGGUACGGAAUUUAUCAGCAGCAUCUGCGUUUACGAUGUCUACUUCAGUUUCAAUUGUUAAUAAUAGAAUAUAGGUGGUAAGUUUUGUACAUAAAUAAGACACUAAAGUACACAGCUAAGGGUAAAAUAUGGUUGUUAAAAGUUUGUUUUCUAUAAUAGAAUUAUGCUGUUUCAAUAUAUGUUAUAUUGUCUAUACAUUUAUUGAUGAAAUUUUAUACAUUUAGAAAAUUAUUUAAUAUACAUUGACCAAAACACUUUUUUACAGAUAUACAGGGUGUCCACGCUAAACGUUUCAGGACUUUGGAAUAUGAAUCCUCAUGUUAAAAGAAAGAAAAAUCUGUAUGUGUAGGUAUGUCAGAAAAUGCAUAUUUACCUAGAUAUACACCAUUUUGUUCUUUAUAGAUAACUAUUUUUAUCUUUGAAGUUUUUCAACCGAUAUUCAUAAAACUUUGUAAGCAUGUUAAAGUACACAAUACCUAUUAUGAAAGAAAAGCUCAAUUUG